AUGUCUUUCGCUUUUACCUUCACUGCCUCUGUGGCCUCCCCUGUUCUCUCUGCUACCUCUGUGGCCACCACCGUCUAUGCCACCCCACACACAACCAAUGGCCUCUCUUACGAUGCCAUGGACAUCGACGCGAUCAUCUCGCCUCAAGGCACCAAGCGCAACAUCGACGACCUCUACGAGGACGACGCCAUCGCCGUUCCUGUGUCGGUCGCUCAGCACUCACCUUCAGAAGACAUGGACACCAACCUGCCAUCAACCCCUAUAGCGUCACCCUCUGGAAGCUCCGCGUCGACGCCAUCGUCUGCAAUAUCAAGAAGCCCCUGGUCAGGAAAAUCCACCACCACAGCCUAUUCCUCGCCCCCUACCACACCUCUCUUUGACCUCCCCCUCAGGUCAAAGACCUCAUCCCCUGUCAGAGCACCUACCAAAUCGACCAUGUCAGCCCCUCCUGAGACUCCAACAAAGCGUCCUCCUGGUCUGGGUACCAAUAUGUUGACGCUCGUCCCGAAGAGCGCUUUUCAAUCACUCGACAUGAUUGGAGAAUUGAAGAAGAUGGAAGUGGAGAUCCGCCUGUCAAGGAGCAUCGCAAAUGCCAAGCGCCACACUGCCGCCAUAGCCAAGCAGGAGGCCACAAAGCCCAAGGGCAUUUUCAAGCAGAAGCCCAAACCCAGAGUCGCGCGCCGUGCACCUCGACCACCACCAAAGAUUGCGAAUUGCUGCCCCUUUGAGGAGGAGAGCAAUGAUGAAGACAAGGUGAUGUGA